AUGAGUCUCAUCAUUCCCAUCGUGACCGGCAAAUCAUCAGCUAUAGUUGUUAGCAGGGACGGCUUAGAUGCGGACGGCCCUACCGCCGUAGGCCCUGAGUUGGGACCCGUUCGGGACAUGGCUGGUGAUGGCGACCUCGGAGCGUUGGUCGUAGAGGGAUGUCCUCUCGAGACCCGGUCUGAUGAAGUGGAUACCCCUCGCGUUGGCUCCCGAUGUUCCGAAAAUACCGCGGGUGAGCCUAAGCCGUCGGAGCUGAUUGAACUCACUCCGAGCAUUGUUGAGCUCGAGGCGAAGGGAUUGGGCUUGCUGUGA